AUGGGUACCGAGGGUCAGUACAGUGUGCAUCGUCGUGGAGAUGCCCCCUCUGGCCGUGGCGGUGGCAGCUGUGGCGGUUGUGGCUGGGUCAACACGGACCUCGCCCGCAUCUGCCUCCUGUGGACGCUCAUUGCCCUCUACAUGCUGUUUGGCGCGGCCGUCUUCUCGGCACUGGAGCGGCCCGAGGAGCUCAAGGCUCAGAGCCGCUGGGACUCACAGGUAGCUGAGUUUGUCCGCCAGCACCAGGUGAGCCCGGGGGACCUCCGCACACUGCUCAAGCAGUACGAGGAGGCCAACUCUGCUGGAGUGAGGGUAGACCCACGCCGACCCCGAUGGGACUUCUCUGGAUCCUUCUACUUUGUGGCCACGGUGGUCUCCACUAUAGGCUUCGGCAUGACCGCGCCCUGCACCGCCUGCGGGAAGAUCUUCCUCAUCCCUUACGGGCUGUUCGGCUGCGCUGCCACCAUCCUCUUCUUCAAUCUCUUCCUGGAGCGAGCCAUCACCCUCAUCUCCUUCCUCAUGGACAUCUGUCACAGGAGACGGAGGAGGACGAAGGCCAGCAUGAGAAGAUCAGGGGAAGGAGGAGAGGAAGAGGAGGAAGAGGAGUGGAAGCCGUCUGUGUACUACGUCACCCUCAUCCUGGGUGCCCUGGCUCUGCUGGUGUUCCUCGCCGCCUCGGGUCUAUACUCGGCAGUGGAGUGCUGGGGCUACUUCGAGUCCAUGUACUUCUGCUUCGUGACGUUUAGCACCAUGGGCUUCGGGGACCUGGUGAGCGGGCAGCGGGAGUGGUACCGCCGCUAUUUCUACCAGGUGGGCAACAGCCUGGUGAUCCUGCUGGGCGUCUGCUGUACCUACUCGCUCUUCAACAUCAUGUCCAUCAUCAUCAAGCAGGUGCUCAACUGGAUGCUGUCCCAGAUGCUGCGUCUGAGGAGGGGCUGUGGCGGUGUGUGCUUGGGGGGGACACGGGGCGACGGAGACGCAGACGUCGACGAUGGCGACGAUGAGGGGCCCCGAGGGGUCUUCUGCUGCUGCUGCUUCUGCUGCUACCCGGGCGUGAGCCACGACGCCGUCCAGGGCCAGGCCUCGCUGAGGACCCAGCUCCGGCUGACCGCAACACGGCACGGGAGGCGAUGGAGCUUCAGCGUGGUCCGGUUUGCAGCUUCUGCCACCCCUGGAGGCAAGUGCUGGUGCAAUAGCUCGGUGGUGGAGACGGUGUGUAAGGUAGAGGAGAGGAGGGACGCAGCAGAGAGGAACAUAGAGGCCCAAAGGUGCAAGCGACCUGGGGAGGUGGUGACAUCAGGAACUGGUCCACUAAACCUCCAUACACCUGUGAGCGACAGGUGCUCUCGCACCUUUGCACGGCAAAACAGCUCACCUAAGGGAGUUGGAGCAAUCGCCAUGCUCAAUAAUCGACUACAGGAGACCAGAAUCAAUAUGUAA